AUGUCAACAGCCUCACUGCAACAACAACCAGACUCACAACAAGGAGGCGUCUCUUCCCCUUCCAACGAAGUCCUCCGGAUAUCGCCUCAACAGUUCCACUUCACAGCGUCGAGGGUCUCGCCAGGUCAGGUCUCAAAGGUCAAACUCAAGAACCUGUCGUCAUCGCCAGUGGGAUACAAGUUCAAGACGAAUGCGCCCAUGAAGUACUCUGUCAAGCCCGUGCUAGGUGUAUUGGCCCCAGAUGAAUCCGUCAAAAUCUUUGUUCGCUGUGACAAUUGGAUCAGCCCACAAGACAGAUUCUUGCUUCAGACCAUUGUCCUGAAAGACAAUGAGGAAGCCCAGUUGAUAAAUUCUCGCAGCUGGAAGUCGCUGGAUCCAAAAAGGUUCAUAGAAUGCUACAUCCCCUGCGUCUCCGUCUCGCCACUCUCAAUACGAGAUCCCGAAGACGACGCUGGAUCUCUCUCCUCUUCCUCUGCCACAUCCUCCUCGACCACCACCACCAUCUCCCCACCUCUUCAAGCCAUCGACCUCUCCCGUAUGCCACCACAACGGUCCCGUCAACAGGUCUUUGAACGCUGGCAAUACUCUGAAUCCAUGCGCCCGACCGUCGUGUCGAUCGGUGGUGUUGGACGUCGGCUAUCAAAUAGUUCUACGACUAGCACGUCUUCGGCUGCGUCCACGUCUCCGGGGAUUUAUCCGACGCUGUUUACACCCAUUAGUACGCCAAGGGGUUCGAUGGAUUAUUACUUCCCAGCCAGUCCUACAGCCUCGGAGAGUGGGCAUGGGAGUAGCAGUGGUCGAUCGUCGAAACGGAACUCGAUCUCGUUGAGCUCUUCGAAUUUUCAGAGUAGCCCUAAUCUCAUCACGACGACUAUUGUUGAAGAGCCCGUCAGUAUGGAAUCAUCCACCUACUACUCCAACGAAAACAAGUCGCCGUUGUCGUCGUCAUCGUUGUCGUCGCCCGGAACAACAUUACCGCCUAUGUCCACACCGCCAUCAUCGUCAUCAUCGUCUACAGAAACAGCGGCGAUGGUUGGGAGGAAUGUUCUGGAGAAGCUGGGGCUGUCAGAAGCGCAAGCCCUGCAGACACAAUCGAAGAUCAUGCUACUGUGGCAGUACACCCGGGGUCAGAUCUUGGUGCUGUCGUUGGUCUGUCUGUUCUUUGGGUUGGUCCUGCCGCUCGCUCGGUCUUCUGCUCAAUGGGUCGCCGCUGGGUCAUUAUUCGCGUAA